CAGGAACCCUCUGUCACAAAUUACAACGCAGGCUCGACCAAUUGAGCCGACCUUAGACGGACGCCCUACCGAUGUCCGACCGCGUCGUUCAGCAACAUCAUUGUAGGAGUCGCUGCUCCGGCAGAUGGGGCCUUCAAUCGGCUGGAAUUUUUCUUUCUGCCUGGUCCCGACGUCGGCGCAAAAGGCUUGCAAGAUGCACUUUGGCGACGGCGCCGUGGUGUCCGGCGCCGGAGUUGUGACGACGCCGAUCGUCACUAAAAACACAGGCACAUUCUACCACUUGACGUUGGUGGGGAUGAGCGUUGGAAGCCAAAGGUUCGAUUCGGAUUCAUCGAAGAAAUCGGUACUAGAAGGGAACAUCGUGAUCGACUCGGGGACGACGCUGACGUUCCUCCCGAGGGAUCUGUACGGUAAAGUCGAGGCGGCGUUGAAGCAGCAGGUGAGUUCAGGUAUGUACGGUGAUAUCGGUGUUGGGGCUGGGGUUCCACGUGGUGCUGAAUUGGGUGCUGAUCACGAGGCUCGGGAUGGGGCUGGCGGGGGCGGCGAUUGCGGAGAAUGUGUCGUGGUGGGUGGUGGUGUUGGCGCAGGUUGGUUAUGUGUUGUGCGGUUGUUUUAAGAAGUCGUGGACCGGGUUUUCGGUGGCGGCGUUUAAGUCGCUGCUGGGGUUUGUUAAGCUGUCGCUGGCCUCGGCUGUUAUGUUGUGGUAAUCUCAUUGCUAGCUUGAGUUUUAGUUAUUUGGGAUUUGAGAUUUACUACUUUUGUUUUGGUUUGAUUAUUGAUUUGAUUGGCAGCUUGGAAUUGUGGUAUUACACCAUUGUCAUUCUGAUGCUAUAUGGUUCAACCCCAGAUGUCACAAUGAAUGAGUUCAAAACAUGAAGUGGUUUGUAUGCUACUGAUAGGAAAUGGAAGCCUAGUCAA